UUGUCUUCUUGGUCCAUCACAUCAUAAAACAGAGAGAGAGAGUCGACUUAUUCUCCAAAUGCUAAUGAGGAAUACUCUUUCUCAUUGGCUGGUGGUAAACACAAAAGGCAUAAUUGCUUAAAAUGCUGAAACCGCUACCAAUCACUGCAACAGUACCGGUAGGUGGUGUUGCAGCAUCACACUCAGAGCAGACCCCCACAACACAACCACUUCACUUGGGUAAGAUGUUUUGCGCACCGGGAAUCAUGAUCCACACACUGGAUAUGCACCAUAACUACAGGAGCAGAACAGAAGUCUGGUGUUAAGGUGGAUUUUUUUCAUCGGUCUUGACUGAUAUUUCUUCUUUAACCAUUUGGACUCUUAGAUUUUUUAUUCCAUUGACAAUGCAUCGUUCUUUCGUGGUGUUUGUGAGUUUUAUUAAACUGUCUCCCUUCCGUCAGACAGUGAUUGUUUUCACGCUAGUUGUUAUUUGCCCGUUUGUGUUUGGCUGAGUUUGAGCGCCACUGUCAUUUGCAGGACAGAUGUUUUUUUGCUGCUGCCGCAUCAUUAUGACCCUGAGUCUGACUCACCAUCACAUGCUGCCAGAUGCAACUCGUCAACCGAUCCAAUAUUUUGCUUUUUAUUUUGUGCAAACGCGGGGACUUGCUGCCGCUGAUGGGGACUCUUUGGGGCUUCUUAGCGCAUGAAGGACCUCAGGCUUCUGGUGGGUUUCACAAAUAUUUUUUUUAAAGAUGGAGAAGAUAAGAUGCGCUUAAAUGUUAGAUUUUUAAAUACUAGAUCUGUUUUUAUUUUCUGUCAUAUCCGUUUUUAUUGGAGUAUACAUCCCCAAAAAUUUCGGCUGGCGAUUUAUAGCUUGCGAAUAUCCGGAUGUAAUGCAUUUUGUAACCAUCACUCCUACUCUUCAGGUACUUUUGGAACACUUUAGAGUGCGUUAUGAAGAUGGGGUGGAUAAUUCGGAUCGAUCUGAGAUGGCCUCAUAUUUCUGUUAUAGUCUGUUCAACACCGUCUAUGUCGUGUUUGAUCUUCAAAGUAAAGAAGUGUUAGGCUACACAGGAUUGCUUGCACCACUAAGGAUAUUACUUGUGUUCACGCCUGAUCUCCUCCGUUACACGUUUUUCUUAACUCCGGAAAUCAAACAAUGAAUAACGCAGGUGAGUGCGGCAUCGAGGGGCAUGAGGAGUCCCAGAUCCAGGGUGACAUCAGCAGUCAGGGUCAGGUGCGGCCGGGAGAAUAACCCAGAGGCAACAAUGCCCUCCUGGCCCAGCCAACUGGAGUGCCUCCACCAUAACUGCACCUGGGAGGAGACCAACAAUACCAUAAGCAAAGCUGACCCUUCCCCGCCCCCUCUCAAUUAUUAUUCAAUUCCUCUUCUAACGGCCAUCACCAUCGCCUGCACACUGCUGUUUCUGAUAGGGGUGGCCGGGAAUGUUAUGACCAUUUUGGUGGUCAGCAAGUACCGGGACAUGCGCACGACCACCAAUCUGUACCUGUGCAGCAUGGCGGUAUCCGAUCUACUCAUUUUCCUUUGCAUGCCACUUGACCUCUACCGCAUGUGGAGAUACAGGCCCUGGCGCUUUGGAGACGCGCUCUGCAAACUCUUUCAGUUUGUGUCAGAAUCAAGCACUUACUCCACCAUCCUCAGCAUCACCGCCCUGUCAGUAGAGCGCUACCUGGCGAUCUGUUUCCCAUUGCGCGCCAAGGCUCUGGUAACCAAAAGGCGCGUAAGAGCCUUGAUUUGUCUGUUAUGGACAGUGUCCCUUUUGAGCGCAGGCCCUGUGUUUGUCAUGGUGGGAGUAGAGCAGGACACCAUGGGGCCACUAAACUUCAGUUCGUGGAUGAAUGAGUCUAACUUAUUCCUGGAGGCUGAGGACACCCGAGAGUGUAAGAUGACGCACUAUGCUGUGCAAUCCGGUCUGAUGGGGGCCAUGGUGUGGCUGAGCUCCGUUUUCUUCUUCAUGCCCGUGUUCUGUCUGACAGUGCUCUACGGCCUGAUAGGCCGUCGGCUGUGGCAAAGGCACCGGGAGACGAACAUGAGCAACCGCGUGUCUCACAGGGAUAAGAGCAACAGGCAGACCAUAAAGAUGCUGGUGGUUGUUGUGCUGGCCUUUGUCCUGUGUUGGUUGCCUUUCCAUGUGGGUCGCUACUUGCAGUUCCGCUCUCUGGAUGCUCCUUCCCCGUUGCUGUCGUUGUUAUCCGAGUACUGUAGCUUGGUGUCAGUGGUUCUCUUUUACUUGAGUGCUGCCAUCAAUCCCAUCCUCUAUAACACCAUGUCGUGGAAAUACCGGGGUGCAGCGGCGCGCCUCUUCGGCCUGACCGACAGCCUGCCGCCACGGGGUCGCACAGCGAGCACUGUGAAGGGAGAUGGCUCAAACGGCUGGACAGAGUCUACAAUCAGCUUUUGAAUGCAUGGCCUAAAUGACUGGCGUAAUGAAUAAAGCUAUUAGUCGUGGAUCUACAUUACUCACGUAAAGGCCAUAAUUUCUGUCAGGGCGAUGCAAAAUUGUGGUGAGCACUUGCCUUUAUUUGACUGGAAUCAAAAAGGAUGAUUAAAAAAGCACGAGCCAUAAACGCUCCAUAUGCAUAAAACGCUUUCUUUUAAAUACAAUUUGCUCAGUUACUUGUCUUGUUCGGUUAUUUCAGCAAGUGCCACACACUAUUCAUAGAAAACAAUUGAAAAGCAAAACUGGUGAAGUGCAAAAGUCACUGGCCUGAAAUGCUUACAGGAUAUCAAUCAAAAACAGACACGCACGCCUGUGUGCUCACGUAUAAAUGUCACGCACAUCUACAAAUGCCUUAUACUGCAUUUAUAUUCUGGAUGACAAAGAAAGCACUGUAGAAUUUGCGGCACAGCUCUGUACUCAUUAAGACAGAGGCAGAGGUGCAGUGUGUAUGUGCAUGUGUGUGGAAGAGAUUUUUGCAUGUGCUAUGCAGGCCAAGUGUCAUGCUUUUGGGUAUGCUUUUAGUCACGUUACAUGAAGAUGUCGUGGGUUACUGUUAUAAGUUGUCAAAAUUCCCAGUGGGCACUUUUAUAUUCAAAUCAAUGCUGUGUUUGGGAUCAAUGGGGUGAGUCAACAGUCCCUGUGAGUAUUCUUGUGAAUCUUUGUGGUGCACAGCCUUUGCUUUUUUUUUGUGAUUGUGAGACAAUUUAUAUUUCCAAAAUAUGUAUCAGUCUCUGAUCUUGUUGAAUGUAUUUCACUGUUAAAUGAUCAGCACUGUUUAAUCUGUAGGACCAUCAGAAAUGUGUAUUAGGGGGUGUGGGGGGGUCCUAUAAGGUAGCAUCGCAAAAGGUUUUUACAGGUCUUAUGACUCUGCAAGUUUAGGUCUGGUGCAUACACAAAGAAAGCUGCCUGUUAAUGUAUAAAUAAACAUGUUAGCAGUCACUUUCUGGGCCAUGUGAACUGUGCACCAUUUUCCAGCAGUGUUAUCCACAUGUUUUCAGUCACCAGCUAUAGUUACAUAUGUUGCACUGAUUAAGCAUACAAUGCUAUCUUUUGCUGUGGCUGUAAACACAAAACGUUAUUAUAAAUUUGUCUAAUUUACCAAUAGCAAUCAUGCUUUUUGCAGCCAUAUUUAUGGCAACAAAAACAUUCAUUUUCACUAGUCCUGCUUCUAUACAAGUAGCUUCCACUGUAAGCUAGCCCAAGGCUUCACACUUAUCUUUAGGAGACAUGGUUUUCCACUGACAAACGAGAGAAGUGAGUUCUCACACGAUGUAAACUGUAUAAUAUGCGUCUUCUUUUUCUCAUUUAACAAUUUACUAAAGCCUGGAAGAUGAAAAGUCUUCAUGAGUGAUUAAACAGCAGAUCAUGGCAUGUAAAGUGAUUUUAAAUGUUCUCCAGUCUGAUGAAGUGCUACAACAAUGUAUAAGAAAGUUUUAAAAUAGAUUUUCCUUUGAGCUUGUGUAAGAUAACACAACAGGUGGAAAUGUAAAAGUGGUACAUUUUGUAAAGUGAUUUGUAAAGAGCCUUGUCGAAAAGAUCUUUGCUAUAAUUUGUAUAUAGAUGCUUUGUAAUGCAGUACACUCAGGUGGUUUACGCAGUCCAAAUCACCACAGCAGCUUCCUUGAUUUAAAACAUGGCCUCAUGACUUUGAAGAAUGUAUCUGUUAAAUGAAUGUUUAUGACCAUAUACUGAUAACAUGACAUGCUUUUAUCAAUCCAUACUUAUUAACAGUCAAAAUUUAUUGCUUUUUUUUUUUUUUUAAUCUAUGUGACUAUCUUCACUUAGUUAAUGUGUAUGUCUAUGAUAAUGUCUUGUAAAAGAAACAAAAAGUUUCCUCCUCUUUUGUACACAGUAUUCAUAUUCUUUGUGUAACCGACUCGACAGUCAGAAAGUUGUCCUCAGCAGAUAUGAGAUGCAAACUGCAAUCAGGGUUAUUAAACCAACAAACACCAGUAAACACCUUCUCAGUCACAUUAAAGAAUAACAAAAGAUAACAAUAGGGUAUGCAGUCGU